AUUCGCUUAAGUUUCGAAAUGUGUUAGAUUGGGUGUAGUAUGUUGAAGUUGCUUAUUUUGAUUCUGUUCCUUUGAAGUUAUUCCUCCUGAUUUUACGUUGCGAUAAUGAGUUAAUUUAAUAUGAUUAAUUUGGAUUGUGAUGGAACAACGGAAUGAAAAGCUAAUAGAUUUUUCCUCAGACGAUGAAAAAUCUGAUUUUACUGAAAAUUGUAAUAAACAAAGCUUUGAAACGCCUAAAAUUUACGAAACGGAGCAAAAUAAUUCUCCAGAGUGCCAGAGAAACUAUUCCAGACUUUGUGGCUAUUUGAAUAAAUUAGGCAAUCAGCGGAUUUUACGAACUUUUCGUAAACGGUGGUUUGUUUUCUCGGAAAAUAAUUGCAAACUGUACUAUUAUCGCUCGCCACAAGAUGCCAUAUCUUUAGGUGAAAUAGACAUAUCUCGAGCAACAUUUUUUAUUGAAGUACACAAAGAAAGAUGUGGAUUGUUUACAAUAAGUGUUCCUGGAAGAGAUUAUUUCUUGGAAGCAAACAGCCAACAGACAGCUCUGUUUUGGCUUCAAGAGCUUCAAAAAUACAGACGAACUUACAGUCUUCUACAUACGAAACAUCUUAGUGUACAAACAACAUCCGUUGAUACUUUAAGUGGACGACCACAAAGUGGCUUAUUAGCAGAAGAUUUCCUCAGCAUGAAAAGUGUAGAAGAAGAAAAAAAUGCAUCUUUGAUGUUACCUGUUGAUUGUCCUAAUGAUAUAGGAGAUGAUGCUAUUACUGUCGGUAGCAAUAAUCCAUUUGUAAGUGCACAGCAAAAGUUAAGUGAUUUUUGCAACCAGAUGAAACUGCCUAGCAGUGUGAAAGGCGAGAAGUCACCUUCAGAAUCUAGUCAUAGCAGCCCUUGUAAAGAAGUUUCAACCCCAGAAAGUUCUGUCUCGUCAUCUUUUGCUUUGAAGUCAACCGGUGAAGGGGAAUCUUUCUCCGUGCAAAAAAAUUUUAAAUCAUCGAGCUUAUCGACUUUCAGAAGUAAAAUUUCAAGCUCUUUCCGUAAAGUCCGCCUUAGUGAAGAUGGAAGUAUAGAUGAAAACUGUGUGUCAUGUCAUAAUUUGAAAACUGAGGUCACCAGUCUCACAGAUGAAGUGUCAAAUCUUCAGAUUGAAGUUACAGCUGGUCGUGAAGUUAUUACUCUUCUGCAGCAGCAGCUGGAUAUUACAUCAAAAGAAAAAGAGACUUUGAUGCAAAUGUAUCAGCUGAAUGAUGCAAAAGAAUAUUUGAAAAUGCUGAAUGAGAAAGAUGAACAAAUUAUUAAACAUGUUCAUGACACCCAAAAGCUAAAAGAGGAACUGGAAAAACUUCAACAACAUGUUGUUUCUUUGAAAAUGGAAGUUACUGACCUGCAGAAGAGCAAUCAGUUAUUUCAAGAAAUGCUGAUGCAGAAAGAUAAGACUAUAAUGACCCUUACAAAUGAAGUAUUUGAAAUGGAAACUGAGAAGCAAGAUGAAAUGCAUAGGAACCGUGAGCCUUCAAUUUCUGAAGCGCAGAAGGUAGAGGUCAGCCCUAAAGAAACAAUGAGUUAUGAGGAUUUAAAAGAUGCAGUUCAAGCUUUUGAAUUUCAAAACAGAUUUCUGAACAAUGAACUUUUAGAGCUUAAUAAAUUGAGGCGAGAUGAUGAGGAAAGGUUUCAUUUGUUAUCUGUAAAGUGCAGUGAAUGGGAAGCUCGCAGUUAUCAAAUGCAAAGUAAAUUGCUCUUUCUGUUGAAUGAGCUGAAACGAACUGGUAAUUCCAAUCACAAGAUUGUAAGUGAGCUUUUGCAAGAAGGUAGGGAAGAAGGUGCUGCAUUCACGAAUAUAAUACCAUCCUGGUCAAGGGAGAAUAUGUAUGAUGAAUUAGGUUUUAAUUGGAAGUGGGCUAAGGAAGAUCUUUUAUCUACAAAAGCUUCAAACUUAAAGCAAAAGUCUGAAAUUAUAUCUAACAAAGCAAAGGAUCCUGAACUAGCAACUUGGCACUCCAAGUGGGACAACUUCGUGGUUUCACUGGGUUCAAAAGAUUUGCAGCGUUCAGCAGAACUGAAGGCCUUGAUAAGAAUGGGUGUUCCCCAUGAAUACAAGGGGAAAAUAUGGAAUGGAUGUGUAAAGAUGUGGUUAAAGAAUGAGAAACAGCACCUGACGUCAAAUUAUUACAAUAUUCUUCUGACUUCAAAAGAGUAUAUCUCAAAAUUAGAUCCUUCUUCAAAGCAGAUUGAGCUUGAUUUGUUAAGAACAUUACCCAAUAAUCGACAUUAUGAAGAUCUUGAUUCAGAUGGCAUACCAAAACUCAGACGAGUCCUUUUGGCCUACAGCAGGCAUGACCCUAUCAUUGGCUACUGUCAGGGUUUAAACCGUUUGGCUGCAAUUGCAUUAUUGUUUUUAGAUGAAGAAUCUGCAUUCUGGUGCUUGGUUGCCAUUACCACAUAUAUAAUGCCUAAAGGUUACUAUAAUAGAACAUUGAUUGCUUCUCUGGUGGAUCAGAGAGUAUUAAAAGACAUCAUGGCUGAUAAGCUACCUCGCCUACACUCCCAUUUUGAACAAAAUAAUGUGGAUUUGUCACUUUUCACCUUCAACUGGUUCCUCACUGUGUUUGUAGAUAACAUUCCUGUAGAUAUUUAUCUUCGAAUAUGGGAUGCUUUUCUCUAUGAAGGUAGCAAAGUGCUGUUCCGAUUUGCUUUGGCAUUUUUUAAGUUAUGUGAAAAUGAAAUUCUUGAAAUGAAUGAUUACAUGGCAAUCAACAAGUAUUUGAGAAAUAUUGCUGACCAAAAUAUUGAUGUUAAAAAGUUGGCUCAUAACUGUGCGAUCCGCUGCGCAGAAACUUUCUGGAAACACACAGUUUGGAGAGCAAAAACCUCAGAGUUUUUAAUGCUUCAAGGUUGACAGCUGUGAUUUGAUAGCUAAAAAGAUAUUUUUUGCUUGUUACUAAAACCAUGCAACUUGUUUUUAUGUGUGUAUUUUCUCCUUCUAAUUAGAAUAGAUGCUUUAAAACACUGACCUGUUGUCAGUGCUUAGUGUUGAGCUAAUGUUUUGUCAUGGA